AAAAGGGUUGUAAGAAGCGUUUGAGAGAGCUCCAUGGAAAUGUGUGAGCGCAAUCUUCUGAAUUCUGGCUAUGUUGGUUCUCUGUUGAAUUUUCCUACCCCGGAGUCGUUAUAUUUUUCCAACCUGCGGGGCAAUGGAGCUCAUCUCUCUGGGCUGCAUCAGAUUUCCUACAACAGGCGAGAGGUGUGCUCGCUCCCGUGGACUUCCCCAAGUUCGUGCACAUCUCCGCCUCAGAGCCGCGCCUUCAGUGGCUACUCUCCGCCGUUUCUAUCCAAUUCAGUGCCUGUAAAUACUAAUCCCAACAACCACAACAAGGGACCACUUGACGAGUCCAAUAAAUACUACUUUCAGGAUGUAAACCACAAGCCAGAAGAACCUGCUAGACAUGCGCAGGCCUUUUCUGGUGAACAUGGAGUUAUCAAUUUCGGUAGCUCGAAAUAUGAAUUUUCGAACUUGGACAGACGGUCCCAUAAUUCCGGUGCACAACACGAACUGAAUCCCACCAACCAGGCAAGUGCCGCCGGCUUCAAGCAGUCGGCCCAUUCAAUUCCCACAAUUCAACCAUCUUCAAGUAAUGCAGGUGCCAGGGCGUCAUUUUCUCAUGAUGCACCCUGGUGCUCUUCACAAGUGAAACCCAGAAAAAAGAGAAAACCAUACACAAAGCCACAGCUCGCUGAACUUGAGAACGAAUAUAUGAUGAACGAGUUCAUAAACAGGCAAAAAAGGAAGGAACUCUCUGAAAGACUGGACUUGAGUGAUCAACAAGUCAAAAUAUGGUUUCAGAACCGCAGAAUGAAAAAGAAGAGGCUGAUGAUGCGUGACCAUGCAUUUUCCAUGUACUGACAGCCUUGGGUCUUGAUAAUGACCUCGUGUGGCUUCGGUUCAGACAAGCGCAGCCACUUCAAACCUCUGUCCUGAGCCACUGAUCUUGGCAAUAUAGUUAUAGGCCUAUCAUUUUUUUUUAUUUUAAGAACGAUUUAUUGUAUAUUUUGGAUGGUUAUACAAACAACUGAGCUUGUGAAUUGUUGUUACUUUUGGCCUUGUAUUAUUAGUUAGUUGGUGAUGAAGAAAGCAU